AUGCCGCACGAAACGCCCACUAUCACCGCACUCGAACCAUUCCAGGUCCUCAGCAAAAUCUUAGAUUUUGCAAAUGAGGACCAGCGAGACUGGUGGCAGAGUACCGGGCCAAUGUUUGCAAAAAUCCUGAAAGAUGCAGGCUACAACAUCCAUGCCCAAUACUCAUACUUAUGUCUCCACCACAAAUGCGUGGUUCCGUAUUUGGGUCCCUAUCCGGCAAACGGCAGGGACCGAUGGAUGAGCAUCCUCAGCCGGUUUGGACUACCUUAUGAAUUGAGCUUGAAUUGCUCUAAUUCGGUCGUGAGGUUUGCAUUUGAGCCCAUCGGUCCGUUAUCUGGGACCGAGCAGGAUCCCUUCAAUGCACAUAUCAUCUGGGAAUGUCUUGGGAAGCUCGCGAAGCUGGGGUCUGAGGUUGAUCUCCAGUGGUUUGCUCAAUUCAAGAAGGAUUUAGUAUUGGAUGCAGAAGAAACGAAGUUCGUUAGAGACAAUGGGUUGGACAAGGGACAAGUCAGGACGCAGAACAAACUAGGCGUGGAUUUGAAAGGUGGGAAGUUCGAGGUCAAGAUGUACAUUUAUCCUUAUCUCAAAUCAGUUGCUACUGGUAUUCCAAUUGAGCAGCUCAUGUUCGACUCGGUGCGAAGAGUGGACUGGGAACGGAAGCUGGAUGACCCGUUAUCCAUUUUGGAAGAUUAUAUCAACUCCCACAAGGACAAGACUCUUUCGGCCCGUCUCAUAUCCUGCGACCUGAUUGACCCGAGUCGUUCACGGAUCAAAAUCUAUGUGGCUGAGCAGACAGUGGACUGGCUGCACCUGGAGGACCUCUGGACACUCGGCUAUCGGCGUCAGGAUCCCAUCACUAUCAGUGGUUUGCGACUACUCCGGGAACUAUGGGAUCUACUCAACAUCCCUGAAGGUCCAUGUCACUUUCCCGAUGGCGGCUAUUUGGAACUUGACUCCAAAGUCAACGAACGGCUUCCUCUGCUGGCCAAUUAUACGCUCCACCCAAAUGACCCGUAUCCAGCCCCACAGGUCUACUUCCAUACAUUUGGUGUAGGGGACGCGGCAGUCGCAGACGCCGUCGCUACAUUCUGUGCCCGAAGAGGGUGGACGGAGAUGGCUCAAACAUACAAAGACAACCUCUUCUCUUAUUACCCUGACGGGGACACCAAUGAGAUGAACCACCUCCAAUCAUUAGUAUCAUUCUCCUACCGAGACCAGAAGGCCUAUUUAAGCGUGUACUUACACAGUUUCGAAACCGGUGGCUGGAGAAAGUCAUGGUCCAGCGAGGCAAUACAGGAACACCUUUAG